GCGUCGCUCUCGGCGCAUCUCGGCGCGCCUGCGCACCUGAGGGGCGCGGACCCAGGUGUCCAGUGUCUGUGGCUGUCACCGGCCCAGAUUGCGGGGCCGCGGGAGGACGCCCUGGACACCCAGGACCUGGGCGGAGAUGGACUCGGUGGUCUUUGAGGACGUGGCUGUGAACUUCACCGUGGAGGAGUGGGCUUUGCUGGACCUGGCUCAGAGGAAGCUCUACAGAGACGUGAUGCUGGAGACCUUCAGGAACCUGGCCUCCGUGGGUUCUUGCCCUCAAGUUAAAACCAGUGGAUCAAGUCCUCAGUGGGAUAUUUUGGAGAAUGAACUAUGCAGUGAAAAGAAAAUAGUAAGAUGCACAAGAAAUGAUUCCUGUUCUGUUUUUGGAGAAAACUGGAUAUUUCAUAACAUCCGAGGUCACCAAACUCAGGAGAGGGAUUUCAGAAAUGGUUUGGUGGAGCAUCUCUGCAAAGGUAAUGAAGGUCAUCAAUGUGGAGAAACCCUGAACCAGAUUACACGUCUUACUGUGCAUAAGGGUUAUCCGACUGGAAUUCAGCCCUAUAAAUGCACUAAGUGUGGAAAAGCCUUCAGGGAUUGUUCUUUCCAGAAGAAUCAGCAAAGAUCUCACCCUGGACACAAACCUUAUCCAUGUGAAGAACGUGGGGAAGCCUGCAGCUGUGUCUCGUGCCUAAAUCCUCCUGGGGAAACACACAUUGUAGAGAAACUGGAAAAACAUCAGGAUGCUGGGAGAGCAUCUAAGAGAUAUGUGAAGAGUGGCAGUAGUAAACAGUCUUUAGAGUGUAAGAAGUCUGGAAAAGCUCUCACUUGUCCCUCAUCCUUUAAGGGACGUGAGAGAGGUCACCAUCGACAGAAAAUCCAUGUGUGUAAAGUAUGUGGGAAAUCCUUUAUGUAUUAUUCCUACCUUGCACGGCAUGUGAGAACUCACACUGGAGAGAAGCCCUAUGAAUGUAAGGAAUGUGAGAAAACCUUCCGAUAUCCUGCAUCCCUGGGAGGACAUGUGACAAUGCACACUGGAGAGAAACCUUACGUGUGUAAGGAAUGUGGGAAAACCUUCAGUUGUCCCAAAUACUUCAGAAGACAUGUGAAAACACACAGUGGCAUGAAACCCUAUGAAUGUAUGGAAUGCGGCAAAGCCUACAGUUGCUCCUCAUCCCUUCGAGAACACGCACGAACACACAGCGAAGAGAAACCCUAUGAAUGUCAGCACUGUGGGAAAGCCUUCAGGCAUCAGCGAUAUUUUAAAAAGCAUGUUAGAAUGCACAGUGGAGUGAAACCCUAUGAAUGUAUGGAAUGCGGGAAAGCCUACAGUUGUUCCACAUCCCUCCGGGAGCAUGAGAGAACGCACACUGGGGAGAGGCCCUUCGAAUGCCAGCACUGCAGGAAAGCCUUCACUCGCCAUGCCUCCCUUCGAGGACACAUGAGAACGCACAGUGGGGAGAGAGCCUACAGAUGUACACAGUGUGGGAAAGCUUUCUGUUGGCCCUCGUCCUUACGAAAGCACGUAAGAAUGCACAGUGAGGAGAAGCCCUAUGAAUGUCAGCAAUGUGGGAAAGCCUUCUGGUACCCCGCAAACCUGCGAGGACACAUGAGGAUACAUGCUGGGGAGAAACUCUGAAUCCAAGGACCGUGGGAGAGACUUCAUUCUCUCUUCAAACUUGUAAUGUGAGCAGCACACUGUAGAGAAAAACUUAUGAAAGGGAAAACGUGGGAAAACCUUCAGCACUUCACUUACUUUGUACAUGAAAACUCAGAGCACAAUAGAAAUCUUUUAACAGAGAUAAAUAUGGUUUUGCCUUGGUAAGUGCCUCAUCCUGAAUAGGGAUCCCAGUGUAUUAAUUUCUAGCUCAUAUUGCUGAUCUGAAUACUGAAGAUAAUAACUAUCUCUCUAUGUCUACUUCAUCUGUACUACUUAUAUUUUGUUAUCUCCAACUUCAAAUAAUCAUACAGUCAUAUAAAGCUUGCCUCAUUUCCAUUACAGUGUCUUUUUUUUUGGUUGCCCUGCUCAGCCUGCGGGAUCUUAGUUCCCUGACCAGGGAUCAAAUGCAUGCCCCCUGCAGUAGAAGCACAGAGUCCUAACCACUGGACUGCCAGGGAAUUCCCAUUAUGAUGUCUUUUGAACCCAGGGGUGAUAAGUGGUUUUCAGUUUUUGUUUUUUUUUUCAUGUGUAACUUGGUAUAAUUUUUAGGUGAAAAGCUUUUGAUUCUUACUUUGCAUUAUCUUCCUAAUAUGUGAUCAUGAUAUGAGGUCUGUAUUGUUGAAAUGUCUUUCCUGGUCUACUGUUACAGAUACUGGAAUUUUCUGACUCAAUAUUUACCCUCCCCUUGCACCUUCAUUACCGAAAGGUGUGUCUUCCAAGUUGUUUGUUGCUAGCAGAUACCAUAUCUUUGUUUCUCACAGAAAUUAGUAAUUGUGGAAGGUCUUGGAAAAUAACAUUCUCAUCUGAUUAUGUUUGUAAUUUGGUCUCUGUUCAUGUCCAUGAUCUUGGUUGGAAAUCAGACAUGAUAAUUGAGUUAAGAAGUGCAACUUGCUGGCAUGAAGAUGAAAGCUCCUGUCCAGACGGUUCUACUGAAUUGUGUUGUCAGCUUGGGUAAGGUGGGAAACUGUAUAUCCAGAGUCCUUCUGUUAGUGGUUCUGAGUUAAAGUUCUUAAGAUGAGGAAGAAGCAUGAGGUCUGGAAAGCAGAAGUGUGGAAACCAUGAUUCUCAGGUCUUCUGUACCAUCAGGAGACAGAGAUGCAUGGCAACCUGGUGAGCCUGAGUUCCAGCACCGUUUUUUGACUUCUGGCUCUGCCCAUGUGGAACAGUCCCAAUCAGACAUGUUUGAUGAACCCAACCCUGUGGAUUUCUGGCUACAGAAUCUGAUCCAUGAUGGGGGUUUAUAGAGGUAAUGUGUGGAAGCCAGGACCCCUAGAAAAUGGAAGAGAAAAAGUUGGCAUCUGGUUUGAUUACUUACUUGAUUGACCUGGCUGGUGAUCACGAGCUCCUACCUGGUUGCCCCACAAGCCCCUGUGCACUGGUCUGUCUGUAUAUGGUGGUUCCAAACCCUGGGAGGAAUGCUUUCUUCACUGGUGCCUUCCAAAUCUCAUAUGAGUUAAGCUGUUGGUGAAUUGUAACCUGGAAUCGUAAAGGCGGGGAUCCUGGGAAACAUACCUCCCAGCCUUACCCUCAGUGAAACAACAAUUCAGCAGAAACAUAUCUACCUUUAGAUUUCAUUGACCUUUCACAGUAGUACCAAGAAAUGUAGCACAGUGGGGAUGAGAGGGAUAUGGAGAUGGAUGUUUCAUUCAUUCAUUUAUUCCAGGGAAUAUUAUAGCGGAAGUUUAAACUAAUUAUUUCAGAUAACACUGGAAGUUGAUACCUAAAUGGAUUAUUAAAAUAUAUACAAAUGUGUGGGACUUCCCUGCUGGUCCAGUGGUUAAGACUUCACGUUCCCAAUGCAAGGGGCACGGGCUCGAUCCCUGGUCAGGGAACUAAGAUCCCUCGUGCCACACGGCACAGCCCCCCACAUAAAAUACGUACACAUAUACUGACUUAAGUAGUGUGUCCUCCCCUGCCCCACCACCGAUUUCAUGUCCACCUGGAAUCACUGACACAACCUGAUUUGGAAUAAGGUCUUUGCAGAUGUAAUCAGGAUGUGGUCACAUUGGAUUGGUGUCGGUCCUAAUCCAAUGAUGUGUAUCCUUAUAAAAAGAGGGAAAUUUGGGCACAGAGACCUGCACAGGAGACAGACAUGUCUUCACCAUGUAAAGACAGAGCAGAGAUUGGUGUGAUCUCUGUACAAGCCAAGUCAUGCGAAGGAUUGUUGGCAACCUCCAGAAGCUAGAAGAUAUGCCUAGAACACGUUCCUCCUCAGAGUCUCCAGAAGUAGCCAGCCCUGCUGAUCACUUCAUUUCAUACGGCCAGCCUCCUAAACUGUGAGAAAAUAAGUUUCUGUUGUUUAAACCAUGUCUCCGGUGCUUUGUUAGGGCAGCCCAAGCAGACUAAUGUAGUUCCUAAGGAGGGUGUGGGCCUUGGAUAUUUGAAGGACAGCCAGAGGCCAGUGUUUCUGGAGCAGAGUGUGCUGGUGGCAAGAACAGCAGAGGUGAGAGGAGAGCAAUGGCGGUGGGUAGGCACAUCAUGUCCUGAUGCACUGACAUGCUGUGGUGCACUGACAUUGGCCAUGAGUGACAGAGCCUAAAAGUGGCCAGAUGAGGCAGCUUUACAAAGUCCCUGUGUUACCUUGAGAACAGACUCUAGGAUGUUGUCACUUAAGGUGGUGGAUCAGAUGGGGUUGGUAGCAGUGGCAAUGAUGUGCCAGGUUGGAGCCCGGAUGUAAUUUGAAGUAAGAGCCAUCAGAAUUUCUUGAUGGCUUGAAGGUGGGGUGAGAGGAAGAGUCAAGAGUGGCUCUAUUAUUUUGUGCAGGAAAAACUGGCAUGAUGGUAUUGCCAUCAACUGACAUGUAGGUCGUGGGCAAUGGAGAAGAAUAUUGCUGGAGUGUAAGGAGUUGAACUUGGAGUGUGCUGAGAUGAAGAUGAGAUCAGGGCAUACUAAGACAGAAGAUAAACUUAUGAGAAUUUUAUUACAAUUUUAAAAAUAUUUUAGGGACUUCCCUGGCGGUCCAGUGUUUAAGACUCUGAGCUUCUACUGCAAGGGGGUGUGGGUUCGAUCCCUGGUCUGGGAACUAAGAUCCCGCAUGCCCUGUGGUGUGGCCAAAAAAUAAAAAUAAAUUUAAAAAAUAAAAACAUAUUGUAAGAGAAUGUUAUUACAAACAUUGGUCCCAAUGGCAAAAAUAUGGGGAAAAAAAGCUCCUAAUAGUUCAAUCAUUUCAUGAAAAUGGUAUAGUCCUACAAGCAUAAAAAUAGAUUAAUAAAAGUGCAUAAAUUACCAAGCUGUGGACGGCAAAACAUUUUUGAACAAAAGACACUUGAUAGGGACUUCUCUGGUGGUCCAGUAGUUAAGAAUCCACCUUCCAAUGCAGGGGACACACGUUCGAUCCCUGGUUGGGGAACUAAGAUCCCACAUGCCAAGGGGCAGCUAAGUCCGAGUGCCACAACUAGAGAAACCCUUGUGCCAUAAUGAAGACCCAGCACAGCUAAAAUUAAAAAAUAAAUAAAAUUUAAAAAGUGGACUGUUAAAGCUGAUAUUUAAAAAAAAAGACACGAUAUAAAAUGAUACAUACCAUUUGACUCUAUUUACAUGCAAUAUAAAACAGGAAAAAUUAUUGAUGAAACUAAAAGUAAAUGAAAGGAAAUGAUUUUUAAAAGUUUGGGAUAUUGGUAACUGUGAGAGGGCAGGGUGGGGCUUCUGAUGGGGCAUAAACCCAAGUGGGAUGUGGGGGGUGUGACAGCAGCCUCCCUGUCUUGUAUGGAUUAUGACAUCAUGUGUUAAAAAAAAAAGGAGACAUUGGGCCCAAAAUGUAGUCACUUGUGCUGAAUCCCAUGUCAGCAAGCCAAAACUUACCACCUAGCCAAAUUGCACUUUCAGUCUUUCCCAGGAGUGUGACCUUUAACCAGUCGAUCUGGGUUUUCCUGCUCAGCACUAGUGAGGUAAUCCCCUUGACAGGCCCCCUCCAUCCCCCUUAGGAGGGCGGCAUUGCCUGAAACGAUGCAUUCUUUGCUAAUAAUUUCCUUUCCACUUUUGAAAACCUUUCCUAUUUUGAAGCUCAGUGGUGUGCCUUUCUACUUGCCAGACGGGACACUGCCCAGUUCAUCAAUUGUUCAAUAAAGCCAAUUUGAUCUUUAAAUUUA